AUGACCAGCGAACAGAACAUCCAGACGUUCCGUGACUUCCUCACUCAAUACAAUUUGGUUGCUGAGCAGUGUUUCAACUCGUGUGUUAACGAGUUUGGAAGCCGAACAGUCAGUGGAAAAGAAGAAUCGUGCGCCAACAAUUGUCUUGACAAGUUUCUCAAGAUGACACAACGAGUUUCUCAACGAUUCCAGGAGCAUCAACUUCUCAACGCUCAAGCCAACGGAGCCGCCAUGUGAUGAUUAUUGUUUGAAUUCCUGCUCCUUUUAGUGUAGAUUUCACUAUUAUUGUUGUUUUUUGUUGGUUCGAUUCGAAAAUUCGAGAUAAAAUAAUAACUUCAAUUC